UGUCUCAUCUGCGGUGACAAUGAAAUUCAUCCGAACUGUAAACUACCAUCCAAUUGUGUGAACUGCCAAAACGCUCACCCAUCCAACAGCCGUUCUUGUCCAGUUUUCAAAACUGAACAGGAAAUCAUCAAAAUUAGAACCGACCUUGGUAUCUCCCAUGCUGAAGCCAUCAAGGAGCAUCGCAAUCGUCAAAACCGAAACACAUCUAUCCAGCAACGCUUGAUUCUUGCCAGCACUAGUUCUUCCACUGAAAGCAAGGACCAAGAAAUCGCCGAGCUUCGUAGACAAGUCGUUUUCCUCACAGCACAAAUAGCCACCUUCUCACAACAAGCCAAGGAAAUGGAACAGGAUGACGAUACUCUCAACAACUCCGAAAGCGAUUCCAGCACAGAUAGCAACAAAUCAACCGUCAGCAAAACAUCUAUCGCCAAGAGGUUUUGGAAAACAUCAUCGGACGAUUCUCCCACCGGAACAAGCAGCAAACCCCAAGAACCCAAAAAGAAAAGGAAACGCAGACCAGAAACCAAUUCCCAACCAAAUCAAAAUUCAACCGCUAGAACCCCCGCAACAACCCACAACCUCCCGCCCAGACAACAAGGUAAACCUAACAUCACCAACCAAACCUAAAAACUGGUAAGUCCCAAAAAUUCUUUAGACCCGCCUUUACAAUUCAAAUAGCUUCCGUUCACUACCAACCUUGCUCCAACCUAUAAUUCCACCACUCAUUUACACCAUAGUCUCAAUCCACAAAUCAUGAAUACUAUCAGUCGCCAUAGCCCAACCAAUAAAACCACAACUAAUUUCGCCCUCCAGUGGAAUAUUUUAGGUUUAAAUUCCCGACUACCUGAAAUCCAACUAUUAGUCUCGAAGCAUUCACCAAUAGUGAUAGCCAUCCAAGAAACUUUAGUCCCACACUCAACAACCCAAUGCAACAUAAUUAAAGGAUAUCAAUUCUUAUCCCACAAAAACCCCUCCAACCCCUACAGCAGAGGUGUCGGCCUGGGAAUUAAAAACGGUGUUCCAUACUCACCAAUACCCAUACAUUCCACCCUUGAUGCCAUAUGUGUCCGACUUGAAGCCCCGAUCAAAAUCUCAGUAUUAUCUAUUUACGCAUCCCCUUCUCUCUCUUUCGAGGACUAUGCGAAGGGGUUUGAAGAUCUGAUCCCCCAAAUACCUACCCCUAUUUUCCUGCUUGGGGACUUCAACGCCCACUCCACCGAGUGGGGAGGCCCAUCGACCUCAGCCUGGUCUCCUGGAGCCUGGGUCCUAAAUUCCAUUGGAGAUCGCUGGAGGAUAAUGGAGGUAGCGAUCAUUUCCCCAUCCUUAUCAACAUCCAUCACCCUACCCCCAUUGCUGCCACCAGACCACGGUGGAAGUAUCAAGAAGCCAAUUGGACUGAUUAUCAAUAUCACGUUGACCACCUCCUUUCCUUAAAUGACUCCAUCUCUAUCCAACAAUUCAAUGAGAUACUGCUGGAGGCAGGGUCGAACUACAUUCCUCGCACUAGCGGGAAACCAGGUAAAACCUCUGUCCCUUGGUGGGGACCAGAAGUGAAAGACGCUAUAAAGAAACGAAGGAAAGCUCUCCGGCUCCUUCGCCGUCUACCAAACGAUCAUCCCAACAAGGAAGCGGCUCUAAUUGCCUUCAAAAAUGCCAGAUCGUCUGCAAAAACUGCUGUACGCUCUGCCAAAAACAACAGCUGGUUAGAAUUCACCGAGCAAAUCAACCCCAACACACCAUCUAAACUCCUCUGGAACAAGAUAAAAAUUCUGAAUGGUGAGCCUCGUAAAAAUCAAUUUCACUUACUCCUAAACCGACACUACACCAAUGAUCCCUCACUCCUUGCUGAAGCCUUCUGCCAACACUUCUCCUCAAUCAACGCUACUCCCCCCAGCAAUACCAUCCCUGACCUAACCCCAUUAUCACACCCCCCUUUUCCCCCUACACAACCUUCCCCAAUUGAUCUCCCAUACAACUCCGACUU